GCGAGUCGAAUGCAUUAACACCAACAUCGUCAAGGUCUACGUCAAGGUGAGUUGAUCAUACGCUAUAUUGUUGAUCACCACUAAUGCUCGCUUGCCGCAGACCGCCCCGUCGGACUGACCGACCCAAAUCAGUCGACGUCAGGAGCGUUGCUAGUGUACAGAGUAACAACAGUACCGAAGGCAGUCACUGGACCAGCAACAUAUUCAAAGCAGGCUUGCCCAAACGGCACGACUCAUUGAACAACCGAAUGCCAGUAGAGAUGACGACUCGUCACGACAAAGACCAAUUACCCCCGACCCUCUCAAAUCAAUUUGAGGAUCCCCAAGAGAUCGAGUGGAAUGCGUUCCUGCUCAAACUGAUUGAAACUCGUCAGCAAAACGGCGAGGAUGUCCGCGGCGGCGAGAUGAUCGGCGCCUCGCACUUCGGCCGCGAAGGUAGCGAGGGUCGAAAGAAACUGGAGCACUUGACCCGACUUGUGAUUGGAGGCAUUCCGAUGAAACUCCGCCAUCCACUCUGGAUGGAGCUGUCGAACACGCAGGCCAUCAUGAAACCCGAUGCGUACGGGGACUACCUCAACUCUCGCGCGGACAACGACGGCACCGAACUCGAUGCCAUUCUCAAGGACGUCCCUCGUACCCUCACCACCAAGUACGAUUUCUACUCCGGCAAAGGCUUCAAAAGACUCAAAGAAGUCCUUGUUGCUUUUGUCGCGCGCUAUCCCCAUCUGGGAUAUACUCAAGGCCUGAACACCAUUGCUGGUUAUCUACUUCUCACCAUUCCAUCGGAGGAAGACGCCUUCUGGGUACUGUGUAAUAUUGUCGAGAACUACUUUCCCGCAGACUACUUCUCCCGAGUGGAUGCCAUGAAAUCUCCCCUGGCAGAUAACACGCUCUUACGGGCGUUUGUCAAAGAGCUGCUCCCUCAAGUGAACGACCACCUGGACCGCUUAAACAUUCCUUCCGAGUACACAGUCCCGAUUAGAUGGUUCUUCACCGCCUUCUCCAACACCCUGCCCGAGAGCGCGGCCAUGCGACUCUGGGACGUGUGGCUCUGUCUGCCCAAUCAAAAGACGUUCCUCUUCGCUUUCGCUCUGGCGCUGAUCUGUCAAAACACCGACGGCAUUCUGGCGUGCGAGGAUGAUGGCGCUUACUUCUCGUUCCUGGACGGCAAGUUGAAGUUGCCGGAGCAGCCGGAGGAGAUUACGGAGAGUCUGAAGCUGGCUUUCCGAAUUGGGAGGAAGGUGGAGCAUGUUGCUGCGCGGAGAGCGGAGGUGAGAGACAGCAUGCGGUUGGAGAAUAGGCUGAGACGACGGAGAACACAGAGUUUGGAGGUGCUUGUUGAUCGUGAGGAGGGGAGCAAUGAUGCUCCGACAGAUGAGGUGAAUGCUGCAUGAAGUCGAUG